GCGGGUGUACGGGCGCCGCUGGCUCGUCCUGCUGCUCUUCUCGCUGCUGGCCUUCGCGCAGGGCCUGGUGUGGAACACCUGGGGCCCCAUCCAGAACUCGGCGCGCCAGGCCUACGGCUUCUCCAGCUGGGACAUCGCGCUGCUCGUGCUGUGGGGCCCCAUCGGCUUCCUGCCCUGCUUCGCGUUCAUGUGGCUCAUGGACAAGAGAGGCCUGCGGGUGACUGUGCUUCUGACCUCCUUCCUUAUGGUAUUGGGUACUGGUCUAAGAUGCAUACCUGUAUCAGACUUGAUGCUUAGAAGAAGGUUAAUCCAUGGAGGACAGAUGCUAAAUGGACUGGCAGGCCCGACCGUAAUGAACGCAGCACCGUUCCUCUCCACGACGUGGUUCUCUGCAGAUGAACGGGCCACUGCCACUGCAAUCGCAUCCAUGCUCAGUUACCUCGGUGGAGCGUGCGCAUUUUUGGUUGGACCACUUGUUGUCCCAGCUCCCAACGGGACGUCGCCCCUCCUUGCUGCAGAGAGUAACAGGGCUCACAUUAAAGAUCGCAUCGAGACUGUAUUGUAUGCAGAAUUUGGAGUUGUCUGCCUAAUAUUCUCUGCCACACUAGCUUAUUUCCCACCCCGGCCUCCUCUUCCUCCCAGUGUGGCUGCAGCUAGCCAGCGGCUGAGUUACCCUCGAAGCUUUUGCAGAUUAUUGAGCAAUUUAAGAUUUUUGAUGAUUGCUUUAGCCUAUGCUAUACCACUUGGUGUAUUUGCUGGCUGGUCGGGAGUACUGGACUUAAUUUUAACACCAGUGCAUGUCAGUCAAGUAGAUGCUGGCUGGAUUGGAUUUUGGUCCAUAGUUGGAGGCUGUGUUGUUGGAAUAGCUAUGGCAAGAUUUGCAGAUUUUAUCCGGGGCAUGCUGAAGCUAAUCCUCCUCCUCCUCUUUUCUGGGGCUACACUCUCAUCGACAUGGUUCACACUGACCUGUCUGAACAGCAUCACACACCUGCCUUUGACCACAGUGACAUUAUAUGCCUCCUGUAUUCUCCUGGGAGUGUUCUUGAAUAGCAGUGUACCUAUAUUUUUUGAGCUUUUUGUGGAGACUGUCUACCCAGUUCCAGAAGGAAUUACUUGUGGAGUUGUCACUUUUUUAAGUAAUAUGUUCAUGGGAGUACUUUUAUUUUUUCUCACAUUUUAUCAUACAGAAUUGUCUUGGUUCAACUGGUGCCUUCCUGGGUCGUGUUUGCUUAGUCUCCUCCUCAUUCUGUGCUUCAGGGAAUCCUAUGACAGACUCUAUCUUGAUGUAGUUGUCUCUGUUUAAUAGAGCAGACUUGAAGGAGUUUAAAAGGAGACUGGAAAUCAAGACUGCACACUGCACAUUUGCUCGGAGUUGCACAUCUAACAGGAAAAAAAGGAGAAGAGAGAAACUUCCUUCAGAGGUUUUGUUAAGUUACAGAUUGUCGCACUAAUUUAAUUACUAGUAGUACUAAUGUAUGGUAUUAGGGAAUUUAAAAACUCUACAAGUGGUGGACCUGUGCCUGCCUUCCGGGGCCAGAAGUCUGAUGUCUUACACGUGGAGCACUCCCUACCACAGGUAAUCCCGUGUGCUGUGCCAGUGCUACACUACUGAGUCGCGGUGAUUAGGAAAGGAAAGAAAGGGCAUCUGUCUCAUGAAGAGAACUCCUCCUGAACUCACACGACAGAAUAGGAAGAAAUGCCACUAACUUCUAAGGAAGUUUAAACCUUAUAUCAGAUUUUAAUUACAAAAUAGCCAAAUGACAUACGGAUGAUAGAAAUUAGCCACGUGUACACUACAUGUUUUUCUAAUAAAGCAAUUUCUUAUGCGUCUUUACUUUCAA